CGUCCCCCUCCCUACAUCGCCACUGAGGCCUCCGAAAAGCCAUUCCGCGGACAGAAGCGGGAAGAAGCCGAGAGAAAGAAAAAAAAGCCUUAUUUAUUAUCAUUUUCCCCACUGUUGGCAUGGCAACCCAGGCAUAUGUCACUGAGCUACAGGCAGCCCCGCAAGCAUCGCAGCCACCGCAGGCCCCACCCCAGCCGCCGCCCCCGCCACCCUCAGCAGCACCCCAGCCCCCCCAACCACCCGCUGCCACCACUACUCCCCAGCCCCAGUAUGUCUCGGAGCUACAGAGCCCCCAACCCCAGGCGCAGCCUCCAGGCACCCAGAAGCAGUAUGUGACUGAGCUCCCAGCCACCCCCGCGCCCUCACAGCCGGCUGGCACGCCCACCCCGGCCCCUGCACCUCAGCAGUACAUCGUGGUCACCGUCUCAGAAGGUGCCAUGCGGGCCAGCGAGACCGUGUCGGAGGCCAGCCCAGGUGCCACAGCCAGCCAGACCGGAGUCCCUACCCAGGUGGUGCAGCAGGUGCAGGGCACCCAGCAGCGGCUCCUGGUCCAGAGCGUGCAGGCGAAGCCAGGCCACGUUUCCCCUCUUCAGCUCACCAACAUCCAGGUGUCACAGCAGGCUCUCCCCACACAGCGUCUGGUGGUGCAGAGUGCAGCCCCCGGUGGCAAGGCCAGCCAGGUCUCCUUGACAGUGCACGGAACCCAGCAGGUGCACUCGCCCCCAGAGCGGUCACCGGUGCAGGCCAACAGCUCUGCAAACAAGACGGCUGCGACCCCUGCGGGCACGGUACCACAGCCGUUACAAGUCCACGGCGUCCAGCAGAGCGUCCCUGUAUCCCAAGAGAGGUCAGUGGUCCAGGCCACCCCACAGGCGUCCAAAGCUGGCCCAGUGCAGCAACUGACCGUGCAGGGGCUCCAGCCAGUCCAUGUGGCCCAAGAGGUGCAACAGCUCCAGCAGGUACCCGUAUCACACGUGUAUUCCAGCCAAGUGCAGUAUGUGGAGGGCGGCGACGCCAGCUACACGGCCAGCGCCAUCCGCUCCAGCACCUACCCGUACUCCGAGACGCCACUGUACACGCAGACAACGGGCACCAGCUACUAUGAGGCCACAGGCACGGCUGCCCAGGUUAGCACGCCCGCCACCUCACAGACCGUAGCCAGCAGCGGCUCUGUCCCCAUGUAUGCAUCCGGCAGCCCGGUCGUCGCCAGCUCCACCAGCAGUGCUGGCGGGGCCAGCAGUGGUGCAGGAGGCAGUGGCGGCAGCGGAGGAGCUACUGGCAGUGGCAGUGGCAGUGGGAACGGCAGUGGCAGCAGCGGAGGAGCAGGCACCUAUGUGAUCCAAGGCGGCUACAUGCUGGGCAGCACCAGCCAGUCUUACUCCCACACCACCCGUGCCUCACCAGCCACCGUCCAGUGGCUCUUGGACAACUAUGAGACUGCCGAGGGCGUGAGCCUGCCCCGCAGCACCCUCUACUGCCAUUACCUGCUGCACUGCCAGGAGCAGAAGCUGGAGCCUGUUAAUGCUGCCUCCUUUGGCAAGCUCAUCCGCUCCGUCUUCAUGGGUCUGCGCACACGCCGCCUUGGCACCAGGGGCAACUCCAAGUACCACUACUAUGGCCUGAGAAUUAAGGCCAGCUCCCCGUUGCUGCGGCUCAUGGAGGACCAACAGCACAUGGCCAUGCGUGGCCAGCCCUUCUCCCAGAAGCAGAGGCUCAAACCCAUCCAGAAGAUGGAGGGCAUGACCAACGGUGUGGCUGUGGGUCAGCAGCAACCCGCGGGGCUGUCGGAUAUCAGCGCACAGGUGCAGCAGUACCAGCAGUUCCUGGAUGCUUCCCGGAGCCUCCCUGACUUCAUGGAGCUGGACCUCCAGGGCAAAGUGCUACCAGAGGGUGUUGGACCCGGGGACAUCAAGGCUUUCCAGGUCCUAUACCGGGAACACUGUGAGGCCAUCGUGGAUGUCAUGGUGAACCUGCAGUUCACACUGGUAGAGACACUGUGGAAGACCUUCUGGAGGUACAACCACAGCCAGCCCAGUGAGGCGCCGCCACUGGCCGUGCAUGACGAGGCCGAGAAGCGGCUGCCCAAGGCCAGUCUGGUGCUCCUUUCCAAGUUCGAGCCUGUGCUCCAGUGGACCAAGCACUGUGACAACGUGUUGUACCAGGGCCUGGUGGAGAUCCUCAUCCCUGACGUGCUUCGGCCCAUCCCCAGUGCCUUGACCCAAGCGAUCCGGAACUUUGCCAAGAGCCUGGAGAGCUGGCUCACCCAUGCCAUGAUGAACAUCCCUGAGGAGAUGGUGCGGGUGAAGGUGGCAGCAGCUGGCGCUUUCGCGCAGACCCUGCGGCGCUACACGUCCCUCAAUCACCUGGCACAGGCUGCGCGCGCAGUACUGCAAAACACGGCGCAGAUCAACCAGAUGCUCAGCGACCUCAACCGUGUGGACUUCGCCAAUGUGCAGGAGCAGGCCUCCUGGGUGUGCCGCUGCGAGGACCGCGUAGUGCAGCGCCUGGAGCAGGACUUCAAAGUGACGCUGCAGCAGCAGAACUCACUGGAGCAGUGGGCGGCCUGGCUGGAUGGCGUUGUCAGCCAGGUGCUCAAGCCCUACCAGGGCAGCUCUGGCUUCCCCAAGGCUGCAAAACUUUUCCUCCUCAAGUGGUCCUUUUACAGCUCCAUGGUGAUCCGGGACCUGACCCUGCGCAGUGCCGCCAGCUUUGGCUCCUUCCACCUCAUCCGGCUGUUGUAUGAUGAGUACAUGUACUAUCUGAUCGAGCACCGCGUGGCACAGGCCAAGGGCGAGACCCCAAUCGCUGUCAUGGGCGAGUUCGCCAACCUGGCCACCUCGUUGAAUCCCCUGGACACAGACAAAGACGAAGAGGAGGAGGAGGAGGAGGAGAGCGAGGAUGAGCUACCGCAGGACAUCUCUCUGACAGCCGGUGGUGAAUCGCCUGCACUGGGCCCCGAGGCGCUGGAGCCACCGGCCAAGCUGGCACGCACGGACGCACGCGGCCUCUUUGUGCAGGCACUGCCGUCCAGCUAAACUGCCUGCGGGUGCCCGUGCUACCGGGCGGCACAAUCACGGGGCCGGGGGCGCCGCCAUUGCAGACUGACCCGAUCCACGUGCCUUAAGGAACCCCGGUGCCCAGGCAGCCCUCCGGCCUGCCCCCAGGUCGCAGCACCCUAGCCUGCCCCACCGGCCCACUGGGCAGCAGGCGGGCCCUAUCCGCAGAACGUUAACUUAUUCUGCUCGCUGGCUUUGCACAGCUGCCCGGGUGCCUGACCCGGCGGGCAGCGCAGGGGCGCAGCCCGGAACCCCUCCCCAGCCCCCCACUGCUUCUCCCCUUUGGUAUAAGUGCAAUUAAAGCUGUGGGCGUAGUGUCUUCUCCAGAGCUGGGCCCCUACUCCCUUCUCGCCCCGCAACCUGAGAGAGGGCGGCCAGUCUCGGCCUCCCCGUCCAAAGAAGCGAGGUGUGGGGUGGAGGUGCCCGGCUCCGCUUAGAGGAGCUUGGGACGCCAGGCCCAGAAACCUGCGCUCCCGACCGUGGACCCUGACUAUUGUGCGAUUUGUGAGCCGCCUGAGCGGAGUCGGUAACUUGUUGGGUUUUUUUCCAACCAUCAUGGCCUUAUCUGUUCCAGUUUUCUCAGUGUUUUCAACCUGUGAGAUAGAUGUUUAUGGCAAAAGAAAAAAACAAAAAAAAAAAAAAAAAAAAAGGAAAAUCUAACCAAUUGUAUAAAGAUCACUAUUUUGUGUGCUCCGCGUGUUACAGCUUUUGGGGUGGUCCUGCCCGCUGCCCCAUGCCCACGGGGCCUCCCUCUCCCAGCGGUGAAAGUGUCCACGCGUGUGGUAGUUUAGUGUGCUGAGCUGUUUUCUACCUUUUGUAGUCUUUCUUAAAACAAUAAAUUCCGCUGUGA